UAAUAUAGGCAACCAAACUGUAGUAUCUGAUAACUUCAAAAUGAUGUUACAGUCAGAACUCAGAAGUGAAUUUUGUUAGGGUUAGGGUUUGCUUCCAUGAACUCCAAUGUGGUUGUCAUCUCCUCAAUCCGUUGUUCUUCUUCAUCUCAAUGAUGCGGAGGAGCAUCCGUCAUUAUCUGAAGGCCACGGUAUCUCCAGAAGCACAAUGUCUUCACCGAACAUUCUCUCUCUGGUCGAUGAAGAAGGAGCCAGAGCUGGAAUCGGCUCUCUCUCGCAACCGCCGGUGGGUGGUUAACAACCAGAUCAAGAACAUCAUCCUACGGUACCCUAACGAAGAGAUCCCGAUCCAAGCCCUACAGAAGAAGUUCAAGACCCUCGAUCUCCAAGGCAAAGCCCUCAACUGGGUCUCCAAGUACCCUUGCUGCUUCGAGGUUCACGAAGGUCUUUGCCGCCUCACCAAGCGCAUGAUGAACCUCGUUCACGAGGAACAAUCCCUCAAGGACUCGCAGGAACCCGUCUUCGUUCGUCGAUUGGCGAAGCUCUUGAUGCUUUCCCUCAACAAGAGGCUCAACGUCCUCAAAAUCAACGAAUUGAAGCGCAAUUUCGGGUUCCCUGAUGAUUAUUUGAUAAGAAUUGUGCCAAAGUAUCCCGAUUUGUUCCGAAUUGUGAAUGAGAGUGGAAGGAGAAGUUCCAUGGAGGUUGAGUUGGUGCAUUGGGACCCUGAUUUUGCAGUUUCUUCUGUUGAAGCUUCUGCACGGAAGCUCGGUACCAGGCCUUGCUUUUCGUGUUUUAUGCCUUCCAGUUGGGUGAAAUCGUGGGAGAGGUUUCGCGAAUUCGAUUCGAUUCCUUAUGUUUCGCCUUACUUGGAUCCGAGAGGCUUGAUGGAGGGAUCGAAGGAGAUGGAGAAGAGGAAUGUGGGUUUGGUGCAUGAGUUGUUGUCAUUGACUCUUUGGAAGAAGGCCUCAAUUGUGAAGUUGGGUCAUUUUAGGAGGGAGUUUGUUUUGCCUGAUAGGUUCAAUGUCUUGUUGCUCAAGCAUCCUGGUAUAUUCUAUGUUUCCAAUAAGUAUCAGAUUUACACGGUUCUUCUUAGAGAGGCAUAUGUUGGGUCCCAACUCGUGGAUAAAGAUCCUUUGGUGGUUGUGAAGGAGAAAUUUGGGGAGCUGAUGCAGGAGGGACUUCAUGAGUACAAUCAAAGGCGACGCCUCGUCAACCUGGACAAGAUGAGAAAGAAAGGUGUUCCUUUGACUAGAGUAGAUGAAAUAAAGGGUAGAAGAAGAAGCCGUGAAAUUUCAGAUGCUGAUGAUGAUGGAGAUAAUAAGCUGGGAGGGUUGCUUGACCCUGAAGAAAGAAAACGGUUUUAUAAAGUUCUUUUUGACGAUGAUGCUUCAUGAAAUUUUGCCUAGGUGUAUAUAUUGUGUAUUUGAUUUACAUAAUUUACGUUUCAACUCUACCCUCCCCCUUUCCAAAAGAUGAUUGCAUAACACAUUCCUCAAAAAUGAACUAGGCUUGUCUGAUGAAAGAGUUAGUAAGGCAGAAUCAACAUCUUCAACAUCACCUUUAACCCAAUUAGUAAGGCGGAAUAAUCUUGAAUUUUUCAUUCUCUGUAGAUUGUGAUGCUCAAAGCCUUCAAUGGCCUGCACUCGUAUUUAUUAAUUUGUUCUUUGUUGGAGGUUUAGAAAUGUUAGGAGCAGAUUAGUUGGGACUUGGUAGCAAUUCAAGGUAUCUGAGUUUUUCUGUGUUGCUAUAUUUCUUUUUUAUGUUUUAGGCCAGGAUAUAUUUAUCAGGAGUAUGUCACUUGGCUCUUUAUCUAAGCUAAUGUACCUAUAAAAACAGGAUAACAAUUACCGAUUAUGAUUAAUGUCCCCAGUGACGAACUUAAUGUAAAGAUCCUAGUCUUGACCUGAAUUAUUUCCUGUAUUAAUUUCACAUUAUAAGAAUCGCACACUGCUAGUGCCAAUUUGUUAAUCUUUCUUUCCCCUUUAAGUUGAUUUUCUUGGUCCUCCCAUGUCUUGCGUCAGUUUUGUAGCCUAUGUGAAACUUGUUUGACAUAAUUAGCGUGUAAUAUCUUAAAACUCAGCCGUCUAUAAAAAAAACAGUGGGGGCAUUGAGGGGAUUGCU